GGACUGACAGGAUGUCGCCGACAACAGCCACGGAUGAGCGGACACCCCUCAUCCACAAAACACAGACUCCAGACCAACUCAGUCGUUCGCACUUUAUCAUUCUCUUGACUGGUCUCUGGACACUCACAUUCAUCGGCUCGCUUGACGGCACUAUUGUCGCCACCCUCAUCUCUCUCAUUGGGUCCUCCUUUGAAGCCCUCCAGUACUCCUCUUGGAUUGGCACUUCAUAUCUGCUUUCUGUAUGCUGCUUCACUCCGCUUUACGGGAGGUUGUGUAAUAUCAUCGGACGAAGGGCUUCCGCGAUACUCGCUGGGGGAUUAUUCGGCAUUGGAACGGCGCUAUGUGGGUUUGCGCGUAGCAUGAAGCAACUGCUGAUAUUCAGAACGUUGGCGGGCGUGGGUGGGGGAGGGAUGGCGGUAGUUGGGAACGUGAUCGUUAGUGAUGCCGUGCCGUUGAAGAGUAGAGGAAUUUACCAAGGAUUCGCCAACCUCCUGUUUGCUCUCGGAGGAGCUAUCGGCGCACCCCUAGGUGGAUGGUUAGGUGACACAAUUGGCUGGCGCGCAGCCUUCCUGAUACAGUCCCCUCUUCUCCUCGCCGGACUCAUUAUCGUCUACAUCUACGUCCGCGAGCCCGCCUCAUUCCUCUCCAGUUCCUCCUCAUCCACAUUCUCCAAGCUCAAACGCAUAGAUUACUUGGGCAGUCUCACGCUCGUGCUCACGCUUGGGAGUUUAUUGGUAGGAAUGACGGUCAAGGAGUCGGAGGGCGGAAGCACGAAAAUGAUGGUUGGGUUUUUGGUUGCAAGCGCAGUAUUUUUGGUGUUGUUUCUGCUUGUAGAAGUCAAAUUCGCGGUCGAACCUGUUAUGCCUCUUUCGCUGCUCAAGAGGCGUAACCCAUGCUUUGUCGCCUUGAACAAUUUCCUCAUCGCCUUCCUCUCCUUCUCAACUGUCUACAACGUCCCGCUCUACUUCACAGCUGCGCGCCUUCGCUCCUCGACCGACGCAGGCAGACAUCUCAUCACAAACUCACUCUGCGUUGCGGUUGGAUCUCUUCUCGCGGGAUGGUACAUGCGCAAGAGCGGAAAAUAUUGGUGGUACGAAGUCUGCGCAGCGGCGGGAAUCGUCGUUGCGAACGUCGUGCUUGCUUCGUGGAGCGGGAAAACGCCGGAGUGGAUAUUGUACAUCACGCUUAUGCCGUCCGGUUUCGGAUUCUCAACCGUGCUCACCACAACACUUCUCGCACUCUUCGCCAGCGUACCGAGGGAACAGAUCCCAGUCGCCACUGGAGUCUCGUAUCUCUUCAGGACAACGGGUCAGGUGCUAGGCGUAUCACUAAGCUCGACAUUAACACAGAGUCUACUGGCUAAAAAUCUUAGGGAGAGGAUCACCGUGCCCAACGCGGACGAGAUCAUCUCCAAAAUCCUCGACUCGACGGCCUACAUCCGCACGCUCGAUCCAGAGCUGAGACGCAUGGCGACGGACAGCUGGGCGCAGGCGCUCAAAGUCGUGUUCACGGUGCAGAUCGUCAUAGCCGUCCUCCUCCUCCUAACCCUCCUCCCCAUCAAAGAAUACCCCCUCCCAGAUAAAGUUCAAGCACCCACAGCAGCACCCACAGCCUCCGACAGCCAAGGUCAAUCAUCUACGUCCGCGUCCGCGUCCACAUCUGGGACUUCGACUCCUAAUCAGCUGCAGGGUAAAACGAAUGGUAGUGAGGAUGUCUAG